AAAUUAAAAUUUGAAGUCAAGUUUAGAAUCCAAUAUAUGUAUUAAGUAGUGGCCAGGUUAUUUUAAUUAGAAUAGAGGAGAUAGAUUGCUAAUUUCGUACGUCAGUCAGCCAGCCAGCGUAAGAGAAGCUGUGAUGAAUUAAAUGCAACAAGUUACUCUAUAUAUUUUAGUCAUGCUUCAAUUUCAUUCUAUAAUAUAACUUGUACGGAAGAGAGCUAGGGUUAGUUAUUUGAUAAUUGAGAUUGGUAAGGUAAUAAUAAUUAUAUUGAUGAAGGUACCGUACCAGUAGGCCGGCAACACUUGAUUAUUUUUUAAUUAAUGGAAUCAAAUAAGCAUAUACAUAUAUAUAUAUAUAUAUUACUAUAUAAGAAGGAUCAUUAUUCAUAACAGCUAGAGCUAGAGCUAGAGCUAGAUACUAUGAAUAUGGAUAUUCCAUCAAACAAUAAGCAGCUUCUUAGGUCUGGAAGUUCUUGUAAUAAGAUCAGACAAAUAGUUAGGCUUCAGCAGCUGCUCAAAAAAUGGAAAAAGAUUGCAGCUGCAUCCCCUUCUUCUACUCACCUUCAACGCAAUACUAGUAGUGGUACUAGCAUCAAUAAGUUCCUCAAGAAAACUCUUUCAUUUUCAGACAAGGAAGACGUCAGUAAUAGUAAUAAUAAUAAUAAUGUCCCCAAAGGAUGCCUUGCAGUACUAUGCGUUGGCAAGGAGGAGGAGAAGAGAUUUGUCAUCCCAAUGGACUACUUGGCCCAUCAAUCAUUUCAAGUCCUCUUGAGAGAAGCUGAAGAAGAGUUUGGUUUCCAACAACAGGGAAUCCUCAAGAUUCCUUGUCAAAUCUCCCUUUUUGACAAGAUUUUGAAAACCAUACAAUCUAAUAAACAACAACCAAAUGAGGAUACUACUAUUCACAAUAAUGUCGUCGGCGCCUGCUGCUGCUCUCCAGACAAUCACCAACAACAACACAAUAUCAUGCCUCCUCAAUUGUGCAGUAUAUGAAUCAUCCAUUCAGCAUACUACUGCUUUUUCUUAUUCAUUUCCCCCCCUUUUUUUAAAAAAAUUAAUUAAUUACUACGUAUUUAGUCUUCAUGCAUGUUGUACAUUUCUUGUCUAUCAGACAUUUAACUCACUCCUCCCUCUUCUCGCUUUAUCACUUUCUCUUCUAGCAAUUUUCUAUGCAUGGCUUCUUAAGUUUGAAAAUGACAUACAUGUGCCUUUUGUGAUCCAUUAGUUAGAUGAGAGGUUACUUUUGAUAAGAAACACAAACGGACGGUAUUAUAUCUCACUACUCUCUUAGUAUUUGAAUCACAUCGUGGAACACUAUCAAAUAGUCAAGUUCAAGGAUAAUUAAUACUCUUCCAUUUUGUUUGUUUCACCGUUGCUCAUCACAUCACAAAUGCCUUGAGCUCCUUUUGAUACAUAAUACAAUCUCUAACUGGUAGCAUUAAGCCCGCAACUCAUGCAAUUUUUGAGUAACAUAGUUUAUACGAGAAUCUAAGUUCAAAAUAUCCUUAAUUAGGUAGAUUCCACAUAGUGUUGUUACUUUAAUUGAUACCGAGUCUUUUUUUUUUUUUUUGGUGAGAGACUAGUCAUUGACCAAUUUAUGACUGCUUUAUCUUAAUUCAAUCUGAUGGUUACAUGAGUCAGUUUCCUUCCUUCAUCAGAACCCCGCAGGUUUUGGCAGGUUGUCACCAAAUUAGCCAAGUUAGUACUGCGUCAAUGACGUCAACUUCAUGUAUCAUCUAAGGAGUCUGCUGAGUGCUGACCUCACGUAUAUUAUAGAAAAGCAACUGAGCAAACUGAAUACAAACAUAGCGUUUUUGACCGACUCGACAUACCACAUUAUUCAACAGAAAUAUUAUAUGUCUACACAAUAACUAGUAAUGAAACAUAUGUUGGUAACUGCCAUCCACUACUAUAUACUUCCCAGUAACCAAAGAAUCUCACAAUUCAUAAGCCGCAGGCUACUUAACUUUUCUCUGAUGCUGGACAAUUAAACCCUGUUUCAGCCAUCAAAAUAGUGUAACAG